CUUUUAGCCUUCCUACCCCUACUCCUCAUCUCAAACACAAAAAAGAAGAGGCUCCUAUGGAGCUCAACAGUAGCAUUUCCUCCAAUCCCUUGCUUUCCUUAUCCCUUUGUUUCUUCAUCCCAUUACUCUACAUUUUCAUCUUCAGCUUCCUUUCUAAUAAGUCUCAAUCAUCUCCCUCCAAAACCCCAUGCCCACAAUCAUACCCCAUCAUCGGAAACCUGGUGGGUCUCCUCCGCAACCGCCACCGCUUCCACGACUGGGUCGCCGACAUGCUCUCCCAAACCCCAUCAUCCACUCUCCAAGUCCGCACCUUCCUCGACCUCUCCCAUGGCGUCUGCACCGCCAACCCCACCAACGUCGAUCACUUCCUCCACUCCAACUUCCAAAACUACAUCAAAGGCUCUCGCUUCCACAACGUCCUCUCCGAGCUCCUCGGCGACGGCAUCUUCAACGUCGACGCCCCUCUCUGGACUCUCCAGCGCAAGAUCGCAAGCCACGAGUUCAAAACCAACUCCCUCAAACACUUCAUCUCCGACACCGUCGCUUCCGAGAUCUCGACCCGCCUCAUUCCUUUCCUCUCCGCCGCCAGCGAUGGCGAGAACAGAGUCAUCGAUCUUCAAGACGUGUUGCAGAGAUUUGCCUUCGACAACAUAUGCCACGUUGCAUUUGGCGUGAACCCCGCGUGCUUGGUCUCCGACAACAUGCGCCAAAACACGCCGAGCUCCGACUUUGCCAAGGCUUUUGAUGAUGUCGUGGAGAUUAGCUCAUCAAGGUUUUUGUCGCCGCUUCCUCUGCUAUGGAAGUUGAAAAGAUUUCUCAACAUGGGCUCGGAAAAAAGAUACAAGGAAGCCAUAGAAGUGAUCAGCCGCUACGCCAUGGAUAUCAUUCGGUCCAAAGAACAAGAUCAAGAAGGUGAUCAAGAUUUGUUGUCAAGAUUCAUGAUCUCGAGCUUGAACAUGGAGUUCCAAGAUGAAGAACACAAGAGAAAGUUCUUGAGAGACAUAGUCAUAAGCUUCAUACUUGCUGGGAGAGACACAACGUCAACGGCCUUGACAUGGUUCUUCUGGUUGAUAUCCGGGCAUCCUCGGUGCGCGCGUUUGAUACACGCGGAGUUAUCGGCGGUGGCGUUGGCGCCGGCAAAAGAGCCGCGAAUUUUCAGUUACGAUGAGCUGAAGAAGCUCCAUUACCUACAUGCAGCUCUAUCGGAGUCCAUGCGGUUGUUCCCACCCGUACCGAUCAAUUCCAGAUUGACGGUGGAUGAUGAUGUUUUACCAGAUGGGACUCACGUGGGGAAGGGGUGGUUUGCCGAUUACUCGGCUUAUGCGAUGGGGAGGAUGGAGAGGGUGUGGGGAGAGGAUUGUAGGGAGUUUAGGCCGGAGAGGUGGUUGGGCGAUGAUGGGGCUUUUCAGCCGUCGGAUCAGAAUCGGUUCCCGGUGUUUCAUUGUGGGCCCAGGAUUUGUUUGGGGAAGGAGAUGGCUUAUUUGCAGAUGAAGUCGGUGGCGGCGGCUGUGAUGAAUGAGUUUGAUGUCGUGGCCGUUGAUGGCGGUGCAACUGCAGAGAAGAUGAUGAACCCGCCUUACACACUAGCGCUACUACUUAAGAUGAGGGGCGGAUUGCCUGUUAAACUAAUAAGGAGAGAGCUACACACGUGGUAGGUAGGAUGCCGCGUGGUAGAUGAUGUUUAGACUCUUGAUGUUCAGCAGUAGAUUAAGAAUCUGCACAGAAGAAAAGAAAGAAUCAUGCAUGUAAAAACCUUUGCAGCUACCAACAAUUUGAGAGUUAUACAAUAGAAGGGUAUCAGAUUUAAAUUACAAAAGGGAAAAGAGGAAAACUAGUAGUUCAGUCCAAAGUGUGAAAGUCAAACAAAAGAAUAAAGCCUAAAGCAAGCGUUUACAACUUUAGGCAAUAUGAUGCUAGCUAGAUUAUGUCUGCACUGAUUCAUCUUUCAUAUUCUUUGCAUUCAUGAUUUUCGGCCUGA